GGGGGUGGGAGUUGGGUACGUUUCCCUGGCUAUCUUGAAGGUGUUGCCGACUAACCCCGUGGCCAUGGGUGUGUUUUUCUACCUCGCGAACUUUGGGACUUCGUGCUAUGGGCAGUCUGCGACAACAACUGUCCUCCGAAGCUUUCCAGCGUCGGACAGAGGCAAGGUUGCCGGCGCCAUCAAGUCCAUUUUUGGGCUGAGUUCCGCCGUCAUAUCGGUACUGUACGCCGGACUGUUCGGAUCGGUCGGGGUCGGGCGGUUCUUGCUUUUUCUGAGUAUUGGGGUGCCGCUAGUGGGCACGAUAUCGUCGGUGCCAAUCAACGUCGUGCCCCCCAAGCACUUGUCGUACGCGACGGAGCGAGCUCAGGGGGUGGAUCCCCGGAUGAAACCGUUCUACACCUGGCUCGGCUCGGUGACCGCGUUUCUCAUCCUCGCGGCCACCCCGGCCCUGCUCCCGUUCACCCUCCCGGUCCCGUGGACGGGCCUCGCUCUGCUGCUGCUGGUAUCCACUGUGGCCGCCGUGCCUUUCUUCUACGGCUCUGUGUACAUCCGAGGCUCUCCGCUGCUGCUCUCCAGGGGCCCCUCGAUGGAUAGCGACGGCGGCAUGGAGAGGGAAGAGCGGCGCGGGAGCGACCUCGCUCCGUGCGAGUUCAGGUUGGAAGACGACCUGUUCGGGCGCGAGCACCACCCGCUUCUGGGGGGGGCCGGCAACGGGAACGGGACCCACGCGGGUUUGGGGCGGGUGACGGACAGCGGCUACGGGUACACUUGGAAGGAGUGUCUCCAGGAUGGGCGAUGGUGGGUCCUGUACGUGGGCUUCUUUUGCGGUGCCGGUUCGGGGCUGGUCGUGAUCAACAAUGUCGCGUCCAUCGCUAGGUCUCUGGGGAUGGUCUCGAGCGACGUGCUGGUGUCGCUUAUUGGGAUUUCGAACGCCCUGGGGAGACUAAGCGCGGGCUGGAUAUCAGACCGAGUCGUCGCUGCAGGGCUUCCGAGAUCGUUGCUCUUGUCCGCGAUGCUGCUCACUACUUGCGGCGUGGACUUCCUCCUUGCCGCUGGGAUCCGAUCUUUCCUGUACCCACUCUGCGUGGCCGCGGGGUGUUGUUACGGGAGCAUGUUUUCAUUGGUGCUGGCACUGACGGCCGACAUAUUCGGCCCUGAGCACGUGGCCACCAACUACGGGCUCCUCGAUCUAGGCCCGGCUGUCGGGAGCUUCGUUUUCGCGACCGGCGUGGUGGCCUUGUUCUACGACAACGUGGACAACGAGGGUGCCUCUUCCGACGAUUGCGUGGGGCCUCAGUGCUUCGGCGGGACGUUCUUCGUGACGGGACUGUCAUGUCUCUGCGCCUGCGUCGUCGUGUACGUUGUGCUCGUGCGGACGGAUUUCAACAGCAGGUCCCGCCGGGCGGAGCUGUGAGCCCCAAGCAUCUUCCCCGCUCGCUCCUGGCGUGCUUGUUUCGUGUCUUGUUGUGCCGAGCGCUCCUUCUUUCGAGACGUCUGUCUGUGGUCGAGCGCUUGUUCGAGACGUGAGUGCGUCUUUCGCGACUGUGUGGUCGAGGCUAGACUGCUGUGCUGUGGCGCGCGGGGUGUGUACCGCUGUCCUGUGUAGUUUCUUGCUCGCUGGUGACCUCGUCACCGCUGCCGUGGACUGACUGUGUUUUGUUGUCGCUCGAUUUCAGGCAGAAGGCGUAGAGCGUAGGUUACGGGUUGUCCUAGCGGCGCCAUCCCUCGAAAACACCGAGGCAGGGCGCAAGUGGAAUUGUGUUCAUUUGUAAUCAAGACAGCAGCAGUGCAGCACACCAUGGAGAUGGAUAGUCUCGAGGUUCGGCGGCAGCAUCCACUCCUCAUGGCACGUAUACUGUUGGCAUGUCGUCCGUCUCUUCAAGGAGCUCCUUGCUGUAAACUUUCCGUUUGUUAUGUUACCGGACAAAGGGCGUGGGUUUUACUGUUCUUGCGCGGCCUUCGGGAAAAUCAUGCUCAAAAGUGUUGGAACAAUCGAUCGUGGGAUCAUUUAGUCUAGUUCUGAAAAUUACGUCGGUGUGUUUAAUAGACCCCUGUUGAUGCGUUCGUCUCCGAACAAAUCGUGUUGCGAGUUGUCAUUGUGUGUGUGUGUGUGUGUGUGUGUGUGCCUUUUUCCGUCCCGUGUGUCGUGGCGUGUCGUGUCUACACGCCUCGUGGUAUGUUUUUUCGCAUCAGCCUGUGCUGCUUGCAGAGGACUGCGGAACAUUAACACAGGGAAAAUACUUCCUUCUGUCGUCGAAAAUUUCACUGUUUUUUUUUUCAGUCGGCCGAUGUUUUUUUUUUUUUUUUUUUGCUUGAGCCCUCUGGUGGGCGGCGGGUACAAGUACGGUGUAUGGGCGAAGCCAAGCCCGCGUGUAUCUGUGCUGCAUUGUUCUGCCAAUCAAAUUACCGCGAUUUUUCAAGUACGUUACAAAGCGAAGCGGUAUGUGGCUUGGCCGUUGUUUCUUCUCUCUUUGACCGAAGGCCAGGGUGAACGGGGGGCCUCCGGCUGGUGAUUCAUUCCGCGUAACCUACCCCCGGGGCGGGGCGCGUGCAGUGGGUAGACGAUGCCAUCCCAGGGCAACAAGAAGGGCGGGAGCCGGGUGUGUGUGGUAAAAAGGAAUGCGUUGUACAAAUAACAGAAUUCGGGUGACACGCGUCUCCCCCCGGCAAUAAGUGGACUGUUUUUGGCGGUUGUUGCGGCACGCGGGAAAAGGGAAGAGGGGACAGGCACGCAGAACGACGCUAUCCAGCUCGCCGAAAACGUAAGCGGGAAAAUGUUGAGCAUUUUGCGGCGAGGGGGUUGGUCUGGUUGUGCUCGCCGGGCUCAAGAUCCCCGUUGCUCCUAGGAACGUGAAGAAUGUGAGUCGCUACUGUUUCUGGUUGUAGGAAGGGCGAUCUUGCUCGUCUCUGCCGCACUCUUGCCCUGCCCACACGGAAAGACUGCAGCAGCGGCGGGUGGAGGUGGUGGUUCUCUUUUUGGCGAAGGGCUCUGUCCUUGCGGUGGGGACAAUAUAUCUAUAUAUAUACCAGUUAGAAGCGGCGACCCUCGCGGUAGAAGUUAUUAUGUAUGCAGUCUAAAGGAGGAUCGAAAACACUUGAGGGUUCGAUUCUGACGAAGAAUGGCGAGAAGUUGAACCCCACCCACAAUGAAACCUAGAUGUUAUUGAUUGAUUUUCCCACAGAUUAUCAAGUAUGAG